GUUGGUGAGUAGUUGAUGAAGUCCGGUUUGUUUGUUGGAGCUUUCUUUUACUGUCUGUAGCUGUUGUAUUCGUGGCACCCAAAUUUUAGUAAUUCACAUUCUCUCGGAUUUGGAUUUUAAAAAAGUUUGGUUUCCGAAUGCUAACAGCUAGUGGUCUGUUAGCGUCUGUCUGACGUUUCCGUCUUGACUUCAUUAACUUCCACUGACUCAGAUUAACUCUUCAUUAUUUACAGAAAGAAAUUGAAUCAUUCUUCAUCUCGCAUUCGCAGUUUUACCAAUACAUGUUUUGAUAAAAUGAGAACAGGAGCAAUAUUGAGAUUGAUAGUCCUGGUUUCUGCCUUCCUCCUGGCAGCUUUCCUGGCUUUUCAGCUCCUGGAAACGCACAUGGAUAUCGGUCUGUCACAUUUAUUAGGGGGAACUGGAGUCAUUGAAGAAGAGAAUACAAAGACACCUCGUAACAAAUGUGGCAUGUAUAAGGCUUGUCCUGAAAACCAUUUCGCCUUCAAAAUGGCCAGUGGAGCUGCCAGUAUCGUUGGGCCCAAAGUCUGCUUAGAAGAUGAGAUAUUGAUGAGUGGUGUAAGGAACAAUGUUGGAAGGGGUUUGAACAUUGCCCUGGUCAAUGGAAACACUGGCAAGCUGAUAAAGUCUGAAUCCUUCGAUAUGUAUAGUGGAGAUGUCAACAUACUCAUCCAGUUUUUGAAGGAUAUUGAAGAUGGAACAGUUGUUAUGAUGGCUACUUUUGAUGAUUCUGCUUCAAAACUUAAUACUGAGGCAAGGAAGAUAAUAUCAGCAUUAGGCAGCUCCUAUAUCAAUUCACUAAGCUUCAGGGACAACUGGCUUUUCGUCGGAGGAAAAGGGAUCAAAACCAAGAGUCCUUUUGAGCAGUACAUCAAGAACAAUGCCGAAACAAACAAGUAUGAUGGCUGGCCAGAAGUUCUGGAAAUGGAGGGCUGCAUUCCUCAGAAACUGGACUGAUGUCCUCGUCUUGGACCAAAUGAAGUAUUUUCGGCCUGUGUGUACAGUCAGUUGGAACAAAAGUUCUUCCACAGAAUUCACUUUUCACUAUAUGCAAAAGAUUAUACUAGAUUCUUCAUUCAGUGAAUAAGCAAUCUGACAGGCAAGGUGUAGACGGCCGCAGUCAUACGCCGUUUCAUCGCUGCCCACAAUCAUGUAAUUAAGUAUCAGAAUAGUAGAAUUAUAUAAUGAGAAUUACAAAGCUAAGAUUUUGUGAAUUUGGAAUUUAGUAGUAUGUUUACAUCCUGAGGAAAACCAUGAAAUAAAUAUUAAUGAUAGAAGGCAGGACAUAUAUGCUCUGUAUCAUUGAAAGGAAAGUUUUGUAAAUAUAAGAUUUUUUAAAAUAUAUAUUGUGCCUAAGGUUUGAAAAGGUGAGAAUGUUGUACAUUUUAUGUUGACACAAUGUGAAACUGGUGCAGACAGAUACUGAUGUGGCUUCUUGGGUUUGUUUUGCCUUUUUCUCAUGUUUUUGAUUUUUUUAUUAUUAUUAUUUCAAGUAUUUUUAAUAAUAUACUUUCUGGGUUGAAACUGUGUGUUUUGCUUGAAUAAUGAUUUUACCCAACCUAUCGAAUCGUCCUGUGUCAACUCUCUCGUACAGGUUUUUUUGUUUUUCUUUUCUUUUCUUAAUCAUUUUGAUGAUCAAGCUCUUUCAUUAAUUUGCUCAUUGCACUUUAAUCAAGAUUCUUUUUAGACUUCAAAAUUUUUGUUUAGGUUCAGUUUUAUAUUUAAAUGCUUUACUGCUCAUAUUUUCUGAGCAGUUACCUAUUUUCUUAUUUUUUCUUAGAUUUACAUUGUCAUUUGAUUACUGGGGUGUUUGGAUGCAAGUGAAUGUUAAAAUGUAUUUAUCUUAAGAACAAUCGCAGUCCUGUUAUUUUAUUGCUUUAGUUGUUUCCUAACUUGCCGUUAGGAUGGUGAAUUGCAGUAUUGGAGGGCCACAGCAUGAGCAAGUUUAUCAUUCUACCUCAUUUAACACAUUGCUUUCAAGUCUUCUAGUGGUAGAAAAGGUAAAAUGCAAAUGCAUUGGCCCUCCAGAGUGUGAAGUAAAUUCCUGCAAAAUGAAUUAUACAAUAUGUCUCUUUGCUGUAAAGCUCAGCCUGCGACCUGCUCUGCUGCAUGUUGUUGCAUCCCUUACAGUAAUGGAUUCACAUGUGCCUUGAAACGCUUACAGGCACACAGCAAAACUGACACAUUCUCCAAGAUGCUUAGAAAACUGUAGCAGACAAUUUCCAUAUAAAACUGCACAAAGUGUUUAAGAUGGCUGGAGCAAAGAUUGUCCCUUUUUCUGGACUUUCAGAUUAUUAGCAUUUACUGAUUUUAAUAAUUUUAUGUAGCAAUUUUAUGUAGCAUGUUACUGUGUUUUCCUUACAUACACUUCUUCCCCUGAUAAAUUGUGGCUAAUGAGAUGCAUAGGAACAUUUAGUAUUGUAAUCUGCAAAUUCAUUUUAUUGAUCGUUAUUAAAUACAGCAUCUAGCCAUCUUUCAUCAACUAAAAUUUGAGUGAUUUGCAGUUGCUGAUUUGCCAAAGUUAGAAGAGAACCAGUGAUGUGCCUUAUUUUAUUUAUCCACAAAGGAUAUUGUGCCCACGUACCAAUCAUUUUUGAGCUGUUAAAAAUAAACUCUCUUGUAAACUGA